GUCGCUUCUGAGGAAGUGAAACUCAGACAGUCGUUGUCUUUGAGAGGUAAGAUGGCGCAGGAACGAGUUCAGCUGAUCAACAUUGUAUCUGUUAUCUGUUAUCUCUGCUCUCUGGAUGAACAUAAAGGCCACGACACCGUCUCAGCUGCAGCAGAAAGGACCGAGAGGCAGAGAGAGCUGGAGGGGAGUCGACUAAACAUCCAGCAGAGAAUCCAGGACAGAGAGAAAGACCUGAAGCUGCUCCAUCAGGAGGUGGAGGCCAUCAACCUCUCUGCUGAUAAAACAGUGGAGGACAGUGAGAAGAUCUUCACUGAGCUGAUCCGUCUCAUGGCGAAAAGAAGCUCUCGUGUGAAGCAGCAGGUCAGAUCCCAGCAGAGAACUGAAGUGAGUCGAGUCAAAGAGCUUCAGGAGAAACUGGAGCAGGAGAUCACUGAGCUGAAGAGGAACGACGCUGAGCUGAAGAUGCUCUCACACACAGAGGAUCUCAACCAGCUUCUCCACCACUACCCCUCACUGUCACCACUCAGUGGGUCUACAGACUCAUCCAGCAUCAACAUCCGUCCUCUGAGAUACUUUGAGGACGUGACGGCGGCUGUUUCAGGACUCAGAGAUGAACUACAGGACGUCCUGAGAGAGAAGUGGACAAACGUCUCACUGACGGGGACUAAAGUGGAUGUUUUACUGUCUGCACCAGAGCCCAAGACCAGAGAUGGAUUCUUAAGAUGUUCACGUGACAUCACUCUGGAUCCAAACACAGCAGACACACUGCUGUUAUUAUCUGAUGGGAACAGAAAAGCAACGAUAAUGAUGGAACAUCAGUCUUAUUCUAGUCACCCAGACAGGUUCACUAGUUAUUCUCAGGUCCUGAGUAGAGAGAGUCUGACUGGACGUUGUUACUGGGAGGUGAAGUGGAGAGGAGGAGGAGUUGAUGUAGCAGUUGCGUACAAGAGUAUCAGCAGAAAAGGGAACGGGGAUGAAUGUGUGUUUGGAUACAAUAACAAAUCUUGGGCAUUAAGAUGUAACAAAAACAGUUGUAACUUUCAGUACAACAAAGUCCAAACCCCUGUCUCUGGUCCUCGGUCCUCCAGACUAGGAGUGUACCUGGAUCACAGAGCAGGUAUUCUGUCCUUCUACAGCGUCUCUGAAACCAUGACUCUCCUCCACAGAGUCCAGACCACAUUCACUCAGCCUCUCUAUGCUGGACUUCAUCCUUUCAGUUAUGGAGACACUGCUGAGUUGUGUAAUCUGAAAUAGACCAAAGUCAUUUAAGGGUGAC